AAAAACGAACAAUGGUAAUGGGCAGCAUGGAUGAUAUUAUAACACUCUUCGAUGAAGCGGAUCCAUUUAAAACAUGGUGGCCACCAAUUGCUGCUGCUGUGGUUGGAAUAAUAAUAACGGUGCGGGCCAUAAUGAGCGGUCAACGAUGUCCCAAUGACAAUCAAAUCAGAGAUCAAAUUGUAAUUGUCACAGGCGCCAAUACGGGAAUUGGUUUUGAAAUUGCAAAAGCAUUGGCCGGUCGCGGAGGACGUGUCAUAUUGGCAUGUCGCAAUAUGGAAGCUGCUGAAAAGGCAGCUGCAAUUAUAAAACGUGAACUUAGCUGUCAGGUAUUGGGCAGCAGUGGUGGUGGUGCUGGUAAUAUGUUCUUUGUGGAAGCUCGUUACUUGGAUUUACGUUCGUUCGAUAACGUUCGACGUUUUGCACGCAAAAUAAUGGCAGAAUUCGAACGCGUUGAUGUACUCAUCAACAAUGCCGGCAUCAUUUUCGAUCCGGUGAAAACCAAUACCACAGAUGGUUUCGAACAGCAUCUACAAGUCAAUUAUAUGGCACCGUUUUUAUUGUCGCAUUUGCUCCUGCCACACCUGAAGAAAUCGGAAAAUGGACGCAUAAUAAAUGUAUCGGCACAUGCUCAUGCCUCGGCGAAAAUGGAUUUUGAUGAUCCAUUGAAUGUGGGUACAUGGGCGACCAAAUUUCAUCCACGUGAUGCUUUUUCCCACUCCAAGUUGGCUGUCAUUUUGGCAACACGAUGGAUGGCAAAGGAAUUGAAAGACACUUCCAUUACCGUGAAUUGCUGUACACCCGGUCUAGUACGUGGUACUUCACACCUUCGCAGGUAAGUUGCUAUUUCGA